CUAAGUUUGCUAUCUGAUUCACCAUUUUUUGCCUAUAUAAACCCCAAUCCACUUAUGAAGUUAGAAGGGAAAGAGUAAAGAGUAUUACAAGCUUGUUUCAAGUUAAGAAAUGGAGAUGAUUGUAUUCUCAAUUCCUCUUGUUCUAAUUCUCAUGUUAAUGUCUACCCUCUUGCUAAGGGACGCUAAGAAAAGGCUCUGUGUUUCCAAGUUGAGGCUUCCACCAGGCCCACCAAGGUGGCCGAUCGUCGGUAAUCUGACACAGCUAGGCCUUCUUCCCCACAAGGACAUGGCACUCUUCUGCUCCUCCUACGGCCCGCUUGUCUAUCUCCGCCUCGGCACCGUCGACGCCAUCACCACCGACGACCCGGCCGUCGUCCGCGAGAUCCUCGUCCGGCAGGACGACCUCUUCGCAUCCCGCCCGAAGUUGGUGUCCGGCUUCCAGUUGAGCUAUGGCGGUAGGGAUGUCGCCUUCGCUCCGAUGGGCCCUCAAUGGAAGCGACUGCGCCGGAUCUGCGUUGAGCACCUCCUCACCGCCAGGCGCUUCGAGUCUUUCGCCGGGAACAGGGCUCUGGAUGCGCUCCACCUCAUGCGCGAUGUGCGGGAGAAGGCGUGCAAAUGCGAAAUAAUCGAAGUGAGUCAGGUGCUCGGCGCCUUCACGAUGAACAACGUGACGAGGAUGCUCCUGGGGAGGCGGUACUUAGGGGUCGGCCUAGCCGAGUCGGCUGAGCUGUUGAGCCUCACGCACCAGUUGUUCUGGCUUCUGGGGUCGGUCUAUCCCGGCGACUACCUGCCUUUGUGGAGGUGGCUCGUCGACCCCUUCGUCGGGACGGAGAAAAAGAUUAGGGAGGUUUCCCGGAGGUUGGAUGGGUUCCUGCAGAGGGUUAUUGACGAACACCGGCAAGCCAAUGAGGCUAAGAAUCUAACAGAUUGUGGGCAUGGCGCGAACAGGGACUUCGUUGAUGUGAUGCUCUCCUUGCCAGGGGAGGAAGGGAAGGAGCGGAUGGAUGAUAGGGAGAUGAAAGCCAUAAUACUGGAUAUAUUCGCGGGGGCGACUGAUACUUCUGCGGUGGCAAGCGAGUGGGCGAUGGCGGAGUCGAUCAAGAACCCAAAGGUUCUGGAGCGGGCACAGGAGGAACUAGACAGAGUAGUCGGACGGGAUCGUAUGGUGCAAGAAUCCCACUUGAGAGAUCUGAAUUACCUCCGGUGCAUCGUCCGGGAAACCUUCCGGAUGCACCCUCCGGGGCCGCUUCUGAUUCAGCACGAGUCCACACAGGCCACCGAGCUCAUGGGGUACGGCAUCCCGGCGAAGACGCGGGUGUUCAUCAACGCAUACGCUUUGGGGAGGAACAAUCGCGUGUGGGGGGACGACGCAGAAGAGUUCCGUCCAGAAAGGCACUUUCCGGCAGAUGGGGAGCGGGUCGAGAUUAUCCACAGGGGUGAGCUCGAGAUCUUACCCUUCGGCGCGGGGAAAAGGAAGUGUCCCGGAACGACGGUUGGAACGACGAUGGUGCUGUUGGCCCUCGCAAAUCUCUUCCAUGGCUUCGACUGGGAGGUGCCGGAGGAGAUCGAUAUGGAAGAGGCGUUCGGCUUGACCCUUCGCAAAGAGAAGCCGCUACGGGCCAUGGCGCGGCCACGUUUGGCGCCUUCCCUGUUCAGUGACCAGCGAAAUAAAUAAUAUAAAAAUAAUAAUAAAGGACGGAAAGUUUGUGACAAAGCUUUAAUCACAAUGUUUAACUUUGGAUGUAAUUUUCAGGUCUAAAAUAUUUUAU